AUGACGGAGAAAGUUGCGACCGGUGUUCUUUCUGGUGUUGUCAAAGUUUCGGGAUUCAUCACGGGUUCAGUGGCAAACUCAAAAGCUGGAAAGAAGUUUUUUGGCCUCUUGCCCGGAGAGAUUAUUCUUGCAUCCCUCGAUGGAUUCAGCAAGAUCUGUGAUGCUGUUGAAGUGGCUGGAAAAAACAUCAUGUCGACUUCAUCAACUGUCACAACAGAACUUGUCGAUCACAAGUACGGCACAAAAGCAGCAGAGGCUACUAGCGAAGGGAUGGACGCAGCAGGACACGCUUUUGGAACCGCAUGGGUCGCUUUCAAGAUCCGAAAGGCACUUAACCCCAAAAGUGUCUUGAAGCCUUCAACAUUAGCCAAGUCUGCUGUUUCUGACUUAAAGGCUAAGAAAGGCUCCAAGUAA